GCUUCCCCCUCCUCCCCCGGGUUGAUUGGGCCGAGUGAGUAGCGAGUGGGUCGCUGGGAGACGGCAGAACGUUGCCAUUGUGUAUGCAGCAAUUGAGGGGGAAACUGACGAGGGAGAUCCAGCGGCGAGGGAGGAAGGUGUGUGGAAUACUGAAGGUGGAACAUGGCACGUACCAAGCAGACAGCUCGUAAAUCUACCGGCGGCAAGGCCCCUCGCAAGCAACUGGCCACCAAAGCAGCGCGCAAAAGUGCGCCGUCAACUGGGGGUGUCAAGAAGCCCCAUCGCUACAGGCCAGGGACUGUGGCCUUGCGCGAGAUCCGCCGUUACCAGAAAUCGACGGAGCUGCUGAUCCGCAAGUUGCCCUUCCAGCGCCUGGUGCGUGAAAUCGCCCAGGACUUCAAGACGGACCUGCGCUUCCAAAGUGCAGCGAUCGGUGCCCUCCAGGAGGCGAGCGAGGCCUACCUUGUCGGCCUCUUUGAGGACACCAACCUGUGCGCCAUCCACGCCAAGCGAGUCACCAUCAUGCCCAAGGACAUCCAGCUGGCGCGUCGCAUCCGGGGCGAGCGGGCCUGAGGCGGCUCCCAGGAGGGGAGGAGGCCGGGGUGGCCUUUCCUCCUCCCGCCCUCGUCCAGUAGUUCUGUCGACUGUUCUAGAAUAUUUUCCCCCCUCUCUCUGAGGAAACUCCUUCCUUGGGGGAUGGGGGGGUUGGGG